UGUCUCUACGGGCCUUGAUUUCAGGGACACACACUUCCUGUUACUCUACUCGUGUGGCUGGGUCCAACGUGCUGUUGUUAGUGUAGUAUUUUUCUUUUUCGCGUUAUGAGUUAGUGUGCCAACCGACAUUGGUGAAAAAUGCAGAUAACCAGCGUGAACGAUGUAAAAAUAUAUAACUUAAGUCACGGAAAGUCUCUUCCAGAGUGGCUCUCUGACCGAAAGAAGAGAGACUUGCAAAAGAAAGAUGUCGACGUCCAGCGUAGAAUCGAGCUUAUCCAGGAUUUCGAGAUGCCCACGGUCUGCACGUCAAUAAAGGUGUCCCGGGACGGGCAGUACAUCAUAGCGGCAGGGACAUACAAGCCAAGGGUUCGCUGCUAUGACACUUACCAGCUGUCACUCAAGUUUGAAAGGUGCCUGGACUCAGACGUGGUGGCCUUUGACAUCCUGUCUGAUGACUACUCUAAGCUGGUCUUCCUGCACUGCAACCGCUACGUCGAGUUCCACUCCCAGGAUGGUCACUACUACAACACCCGCAUCCCCAAGUUUGGCCGCGCCUUCUCCUACCACUACCCGUCCUGUGAUCUGUUCUUCGUCGGAGCCAGCUCCGAGGUUUACAGGCUCAAUCUUGAGCAGGGCCGCUUUCUGAGCUCCUUGCAGACCGACGCUGUGGCAAACAAUGUGUGUGAUAUCAACCCUGUCCAUCACCUCCUGGCUACAGGAACCGUGGAGGGGAAGGUGGAGUGCUGGGACCCUCGGAUGCGGGAACGAGUGGGCAUGCUGGACUGUGCCCUGAGCAGCAUUACGGAGGCAACCGAGGUGGACGGAUUACCCUCCAUCAGCGCUCUGAAGUUCAACGACAGCCUCACCAUGGCAGUGGGCACCAGCACCGGACAGGUGCUGCUGUAUGAUCUGCGCUCUAGUCGCCCUCUGCUGGUGAAGGACCAUUACUACGGCCUGCCUAUUAAGUCUCUCAACUUCCACAACCAGCUGGAUUUGAUUCUGUCUGCAGACUCCAAGAUCAUCAAGAUGUGGAACAAAGACACGGGGAAGAUGCUCUCCUCCAUUGAGCCGCAGAGUGGCAUCAACGAUGUGUGUCUGUACCCCAACUCGGGAAUGCUCUUCACCGCAAACGAGGUCCCCAAGAUGAGCACCUUCUACAUCCCUGCCCUGGGCCCUGCACCUCGAUGGUGUUCCUUCCUUGACAAUCUGACAGAGGAACUUGAGGAGAACCCAGAGACCACAGUGUACGACGACUACAAGUUUGUCACACGCAAGGACCUGGAGAACCUGGGCCUGUCUCACCUGAUUGGCUCGGCGCUGUUGAGAGCCUACAUGCAUGGCUUCUUCAUGGACAUCCGUCUUUACCACAAGGUGAAGGCCAUGGCGAACCCGUUUGCCUAUGAAGAAUACCGCAAGGACCGCAUCCGACAGAAGAUAGAGGAGACCAGAGCACACAGGGUGCAGGUCAAGAAGCUGCCCAAGGUCAACCAAGAACUGGCCCUGAAGCUGAUGGAGGAAGGAGAUGAGGAAGAUCAGGCCUGCAGGAGGAAGAAGGGCAAGGCGGCGGCCAGCAUCCUAAGCGACGCGCGCUUCAAGGUGAUGUUUGAGAACCCUGACUACCAGGUGGACCAGCAGAGCGAGGAGUUCCGUCUGCUCAACCCCAUCGUCUCCAAGGUGGGCCAGAAGAGGAAGAAGAAGCUCCGCCUCCUUGAGAAACAGGCCGCCGCCCAGCAGCAGGAAUGCAACGAGGAUCAGGAGCAGGAAGGCCAGGCCAGUUCCGAGGAGAGCUCCGAUGAUGACAAGAGUUGGGUGGAUGAGGUGCGGGAGCAGCGGCGCCUCCUGCGGGUGGAAGAGAGGCAGCGCAAGCGGCAGGAGCGCAAGCAGCAGGACCGCGAGACCAGCCUGCAGAACCUGGAGCCGAAAUUUUACCAGAUCAAAUCUGGAGAGGAGUUUCGCAGCUUUGGGGAGGCGACGCGCAAACAGAAGGAGCAGAAGGCCUCUCUGGAGGAGCGUGUGAGACUGGAGGAACGUUCUGGAGCACGCAGCAUGGCCGGCACGGCCGUGGGUGGCAAGCAGCUCACGUUCACUCUGCAGAAGUCGGAGCAGCAGCAGCGGCGGCUGAAGGCUGAACGCGAGCACCAUGAGGAGAGGAGGAAGUUGCAUCGCUCCGCAGGACACCUGCAGACGCGGGGGCGGGGCCGUGGGAGGGGGAGGGGGAGGGGGAGGGGGCGCGGACGUGGCUACUACUGACCCAUAGGACUAUCUUGCCGCGUGGGAGAGCCGCAUCGGGAAUGCUCCAGGUCCAUGACCGCAAGGAUCCUCCCACCACCUCAUCUUUCCAUAUAAGGCAUUUUGGGGAGUGGCCACACUCUGCUGGGUGGGGCCAUUGUGAGCAUCAUUAUGAAAGAUAAACACCACAUACCAGUGGCUGGAUAACAGUGCAGGACUGGCUGUGCUUGUGUGUCUGAAAGGAGGAGACGACCUCACAGUUUUGUCAAUUAAAGGUGAUUUGUACCUUUUCUAUGUAAAUAAGGUU